AUGAAUUGGAUUUUUAAAUUACAAGAUAUAUUACCACAAAUUAUUGCAGUCAAAUAUUGUAAAGGAGCAAACAAUACAGCUGCCGAUUAUAUUUCACGACAUGUUCCUUCAUCAACAUCGGUUAAUACCACACCACCUGGUCCAACUGAUACACCUCAUUCUCAUACGUGCGAUACUCCUGAACUUAAUGCUGUUACAACGAGAGCACAAGCCAAACUCCUUGCUCCACCACGUUCAUCAACACCAAUAGCAUCUGAAUCUACUUGUUCUUCUCCAUCAACAAGUACUCAAUCAUAUGAUUUUAGUUUAUCACGUAUACGUACUGAACAACACACUGAUUUAAAUAUUCAAAAUAUA